UGGUUGAAUUCGCAGUUGAAUUUUGGGUGCAGAAUAAACAAUGAAUCAAUAUAAAAUUAGAAGCUGAGUGGUUAGAUGGUUACGAGUAUCAAGUUAAAAUCUUAAUUUAUUCAGGAUCUAAUUAUUUUGGUAUAAUCUGUAGGUGUUGAGUGUUGAGUAAUAAGAUGUUGGGCACACAUAGGAAUCAUCAGCGGCUGCAGCAAAUACGCCGGCGUGCCGCCUCCAUGAGCAUGGCUAAUUCAACUCAACAAGAGGGGAAGAACAAGUCAAGCUGGUGGAGCAAGAUAAAUUUUUUUUGGGUCCCUAGUUUUUUACUUUUCAAAGGCACCGAGCUACUCUUCAGCCUACCAGAAAAGCCGGAGUUGGUGGAGAGCAGACUAAAACUGGAAGCGAUUGAGAUUAAUGAUGAGUGUUUGAGUUUGAAGAAGAAUGUGGAGUUUAGAAAAAUCAAGAUGAAAGGAUUUUUUGAUGAGAAGAAGUCAAUUUUAGUUGUGGAAGAGACAUGUACAGAUUCUGAUCCUUUUGCAUAUGAAUAUAGCCUCCUAACUCCCUUUCUUUUUCUCACUCAAAACAGCUGCAGUGGCAGUGUAAGUUCAGGUGUACUAGUGAACAGAGGGCGUGUCCCACGGGAAUGGGCAGAGUAUACCAAAAUUGAGAAGCUUCAAUCCCAUGAGAUUGUUAGAGAUUUUCCCCAAAAGGAGAAGCUUUCAUCCAUUGGAGUUGUGAACAAUAAUACUAGUAGUAAUAUAUUGAAGAGGCUAAUAUUAUCAGCCAUCUCUCGGCCUCGGCCUCAGCCUAUUGAAGUUGUUGGAGUUAUAAGGGGCAGAGAGGGGCUUGGCACGCUUGCUGGUGGUGUGGGGCUUCAUCCAGAGGCAACCCUCUAUGUUGAACAAAUUGAAGAUAAAAGUGGUGAUCAUUUAGCCAACACCACUCUUUACAAUGAUGCACAUAUGCUGGCCCAUUAUGCUCAUACGAGGAAGGACCAUAUUCAUAUGAUCAUACUCUGGUACUGUAGCUCGGCUGGAAUGUUUCAACUUGGUAGAUGGCUAAUGAAAAAUCUGUGAUGCAAAUAAAUGUAGGAGGAAAACCUAUAGUAUUUUGUAACUGAAUCUUUUCUCUUAUUUAGGGAAAUUGAGAGGAUGAUAGAUGAAUUUAACCCUAUGGGUUUUUGGCUUUUUAAACCAAAACCUUUCCC